AUGAUCGAUCUUGUGGUGAGGGAUGACUCCACAGACAGCUGCCAAGCUUCUAAUGACUAUAAUGGACAUGCAGGUCUGCGUAUUCUGGCGGUCUUCAUCAUAUUGAUCUCGUCAGGACUAGGAGUGUAUUUCCCGAUAUUAUCAUCACGGUAUUCGUUCAUAAGGUUACCAAACUGGUGUUUCUUUAUAGCGAAAUUCUUUGGUUCUGGUGUCAUUGUGGCCACGGCAUUCGUCCAUCUUUUACAGCCUGCAGCAGAAGCCCUGGGUGAUGAAUGUCUCGGCGGUACGUUUGCUGAAUAUCCGUGGGCUUUCGGGAUCUGCUUGAUGUCCCUUUUCCUACUUUUCUUUACUGAAAUUAUCACGCAUUAUUUUGUAGCGAAGACGCUGGGUCAUGAUCACGGCGACAAUGAGGGAGUUGGCACUGUUGAUGCUGAUAUCGCCAGUUCAGAAUCUGCCGUCAGAAAUGGGGGCCCGAAUCCUGCAUCUUUAAACAAUGAAGCAGUCUACUCCAUCCAUAACAAUAAAAUACCCUACACAACCAGAAAUGAAGAAAUUGUUGGGACCCCUGUAAAGGAAAAGGACCCUAAUUCCAAUGUUAUAAAUUAUGAUUUAGAAACUGGAAAUACAGAAUCAAUAGCUAAUGGGUUAAUUCCAAUGAACUCACAUGCGACAAAUCUCACUUCUGUACCGGGGAAGGAUCAUUAUUCUCACGAGAAUUAUCAUCAAGAUGCCUCCGAACUCGGUAAGGGAAUUGAGGAGGAGGAUAAGGAGCAAUAUCUAAAUCAGAUGCUGGCGGUUUUUAUCCUAGAGUUCGGCAUCAUCUUCCACUCCGUAUUCGUGGGGCUUUCUCUAUCUGUCGCCGGUGAAGAAUUUGAAACUUUGUUCAUUGUUCUAACUUUUCACCAAAUGUUUGAGGGUUUAGGCCUGGGUACGAGAGUCGCCGAGACAAAUUGGCCCGAAAGCAAAAGGUACACGCCUUGGUUAAUGGGGCUCGCCUUCACACUAACGUCACCUAUAGCAGUCGCAAUAGGUAUUGGUGUCAGACAUUCUUGGGUCCCCGGUUCCAGAAGAGCACUGAUUGCUAACGGCGUUUUCGAUUCCAUAUCAUCGGGAAUCUUAAUUUAUACGGGGCUAGUUGAAUUAAUGGCUCACGAAUUUUUAUACUCGAAUCAAUUCAAGGGACCAGAUGGCCUCAAAAAGAUGCUAAGCGCAUACUUCAUCAUGUGUUGCGGAGCUGCCUUAAUGGCUUUAUUAGGGAAAUGGGCAUAG